AUGUCGUUACAAACUCUGAAACGACGAGUUUCUUCAUUGGAAUAUAGAUAUGUCUUUCUUCAUGGAUUUGCAUCGGGACCAAGCACUCGGAAAGGCCAACAUUUAAAAGAAUUCUUUGCCAAACAAUCCAUUCCAUUAUUUAUUCCUGAUUUGAACAUUCCCAGCUUUGAAGAGUUACAGGUAUCACUCAUUCUAAAAUUCUUGGAAAAUAAUUUAAAUAUUGAAGAAAAAAAGGAUGACACAAAGGAUAUUAAGAGUAUUAAAUGGAGAAUAAUUGCAAGUUCUUUGGGUGGAUUUAUUGCUACGAGAUUUGCAGAAUUGUAUCCGGAACGAGUGGAUUCUUUAUUAUUGCUAGCUCCAGCGUUUGAUCUUCCAGAGCGAUGGAAAAAUCGAUUAAAUUUGGAAGAGUGGAAAUCGAAUGGAGCUCUCUCAGUCUAUAACUACAAAUCGAAAUGUAUGAACGCAGUCAAGUAUAUCUUUUAUCAAGAUUUGAAAGAGAAUCAUCCAUCCUAUCCAAUUCCAACCAAGUUAUUGAUGGACUUGGUCAAUAAUAACAAGGAUCAAAGUUUGAAAGAAACAUGUCAUUCUGAUUCAUCAACAACCAUCACCAUUGUUCAUGGCAAACAAGAUUCUAGUGUGCCCUUAGAUACUACCGAAGAAUUUAUUAGAAAAUGCAAUGAGGCAGUGCCUGCAAGUGGUGAUACGAUCGAUGUGCACAUCGUAGAGGAUGGUCACGAAUUAACAGAACCUUCCACGUUGAGUCUUUUUGAGAAAAUUAUUUCUGAAAAGUGGUUAUUGCGAUGA